AUGAUAUCUGAAGACCUAGAGAUAGAUCUACUAACAUCAUCAAAUAUUGAUAGUGAUAAUGAUUAUACAGAAAAUAAAAAACAACUUAUAAGUUAACCUUAAACUAGUGUUUGUACAAAAAUAAAAAGAGGAAGACCGCCCAAAUAAAAAAAAAAGGCUCCAAACUCAAAUAUACAAAUUACAGAAGAAAGAAAAUCUGAUUCAAGUCCAGAUAUUAUUAUGAUUGGAUCUUCAAAAGCAAAAAUGGCUAAAGCAAAUACUAUAAUGAAGAAGAUCAAGAAAAAAUUUACAGCAGCUAAAAAACAUAAAUAAUAAAUAUCUGAAGUAUUAAAGAUAUAGAAACAAUUCAAAGCAAAGACAAAAAGGGGAUAGUCAUAAUUUCAAUCUGUAAUUUAGAGUUUUAAAACCUUUCUUAAAUAAUUUAAGGAGAACAUGAAAAGAGCUUUAGAUGAAGGAGACAAAAUACUUAAAGAAAUUGAAUAAUGA